UAAGUGUGUCCUGUGGUCAUGUGACGUGAGGCAGGGCCUGGCAUGGCGGCCGUGAUGAGGGUUUUGCUCUGAGCUCCGGUGAAUCAGUCCCCGCAGCGCACACUGUAACCCGGCCCGUCCAUGGCGGAGAGAGCCUUUGACCUGUCCGCCCUCCCCAAGGAGGUGAGGGAGCAGCUGGCGGAGCUGGAGCUCGAGCUGUCAGAAGGAGAUAUAACCCAAAAGGGAUAUGAAAAGAAAAGGGCAAAACUUCUUGGUCCCUAUAUCCCACAAACACAAGGUGUUGACCCAGCACUACAGAAAGAUCAUCGGAACCAGAAUUCAUCAGGAUCCCCUGCGGCUCCAGCACAGUCAUCCUCUAAGUAUCAUAGAGCCAGAUCUGGAGGGGCCAGAGAUGAACGGUAUCGCUCAGAUAUCCACACAGAGGCUGUGCAGGCUGCUCUGGCCAAGCACAAAGAACAGAAGAUGGCUUUGCCUAUGCCAACCAAAAGGAGGUCAACCUUUGUACAGUCACCAGCAGAUGCGUGUACACCUCCAGACACAUCAUCUGCAUCUGAGGAUGAAGGUUCCUUGAGACGUCAGGCUGCUCUGUCUGCCGUCCUGGCCCAGAGCUUACAGAAUGCAGAAUCAUGGAUAAAUAGGUCUGUUCAGGGAUCUUCCACAUCCUCUUCUGCCUCCUCUACAUUGUCACAUGGAGAAGUCAAAAGUACUAGUGGCUCAUUAGCCGAUGCCCUGUCUAGUCUUCAUAUAGAAAGUUUCUCUGCUCCACCUGAUGUCACUACCACUUCAAACACCACCACAACCACUUCCUCCUCCUCUUCAUCCAUAUCCUCUAUGCGGCCAGCAAGCAUGGACUUGCCCCCUGGUGGCCUGGUGAAGGGCAUGCAUAAAGCAGCCAGGAGAUCUAGUUUGAUGGACACUGCGGAUGGUGUUGCUGUGAAUAGUCGUGUGUCCACAAAAAUACAACAGUUACUUAACACAUUAAAGCGACCAAAAAGGCCACCGCUAAAAGAAUUCUUUGUUGAUGACUUUGAAGAGAUUGUGGAAGUUCCUAGGCCUGAUCCGAACCAACCCAAACCAGAAGGUCGCCAGAUGACCCCGGUUAAAGGAGAGCCACUGGGUGUAGUGUGUAACUGGCCGCCAUCCAUUGAAGCAGCUUUACAACGCUGGGGAACAACGCAAGCUAAAUGUUCUUGUCUUACUGCCCUUGAUGUCACUGGAAAACCUGUUUACACUUUAACAUAUGGCAAACUGUGGACCAGAAGUGUGAGACUGGCUUAUACCCUACUUAACAAACUAGGAACCAAAAAUGAACAAGUGCUAAAACCAGGAGACCGGGUGGCGCUUGUUUACCCGAAUAACGACCCAGUCAUGUUUAUGGUAGCCUUUUAUGGCUGUCUCUUGGCAGAAGUGAUCCCAGUGCCAAUUGAGGUACCUCUUACUAGAAAGGAUGCUGGUGGACAUCAGAUUGGAUUCCUGAUGGGAAGCUGUGGUGUGAAGCUUGCCCUUACCACCGAGGUUUGCUUGAAGGGCCUUCCAAAAACACAGAAUGGGGAAAUAGUGCAAUUCAAAGGAUGGCCAAAACUCAAGUGGGUUGUGACAGAUUCCAGAUACCUUUCAAAGUCACCAAAGGAUUGGCAGCCACACAUCACCGCAGCUGGUAUCGAACCUGCAUACAUUGAGUAUAAAACAAGCAAAGAAGGAAGCGUGAUGGGUGUCACCAUUUCUCGGAUAGCCAUGCUUUCUCAUUGCCAAGCCCUCUCGCAGGCAUGUAACUAUACGGAGGGAGAAACCAUUGUGAAUGUCCUAGAUUUUAAGAGGGAUGCUGGCCUAUGGCAUGGCAUGCUAACGAAUGUAGUAAACAAAAUGCACACAGUCAGCGUUCCAUACUCUGUGAUGAAAGCUUGCCCACUGUCGUGGGUGCAAAGGGUUCAUGUAAAUAAAGCCAGAGUUGCUGUAGUGAAAUGUCGGGACCUGCACUGGGCAAUGAUCGCACACAGGGAACAAAAGGAUAUCAGUUUGGCCUCACUGCGAAUGCUUAUUGUAACAGAUGGUGCUAAUCCAUGGUCUGUAUCAUCAUGUGAUGCUUUCUUGAAUUUGUUUCAAAAUUACGGGCUUAAACCUGAAGCAAUCUGUCCUUGUGCCACAUCUCCUGAAGCAAUGACUGUAGCGAUUCGAAGGCCUGGCGUACCUGGAGCCCCUCUUCCUGGUAGAGCCAUCCUCUCUAUGAACGGGUUAAGCUAUGGUGUGAUCAGGGUGAAUACGGAAGACAAGAACUCCGCUCUCACUGUGCAAGAUGUGGGACAUGUCAUGCCAGGAGGUGUAAUGUGCAUAGUAAAACCUGAAGGCUCACCUCAGCUCUGUAAAACUGAUGAGAUAGGGGAAAUAUGUGUGACCUGUAAAGGAGGCGGCAUCAUGUACUAUGGGCUGACUGGCGUCACAAAGAAUACUUUUGAGGUUUUACCGGUGAAUGCCUCGGGAUCUUCUAUUGGGGACACUCCUUUCAUUCGGACUGGUUUAUUGGGGUUCGUGGGGCCUGGAAGUUUAGUUUUUGUGGUUGGAAAAAUGGAUGGUACACUGGUCGUGAGUGGAAGGAGGCAUAAUGCAGAUGAUAUUGUGGCAACAGCAUUGGCUGUAGAAUCUUUUAAAACCUUGUACAGAGGAAGGAUUGCCGUCUUUUCCAUCACUGUGUUCUAUGAUGAACGGAUUGUUGUGGUCGCAGAACAGAGACCUGAUGCUUCAGAGGAAGAUUCAUUCCAGUGGAUGAGUCGUGUGCUGCAGGCCAUUGAUAGUAUUCACCAGGUGGGUGUUUACUGUCUUGCCCUGGUACCCGCCAAUACUUUGCCAAAAACUCCACUGGGAGGAAUCCACUUGUCUCAGACGAAGCAGCAGUUCCUGGAAGGCAACUUACACCCGUGUAACAUUCUCAUGUGUCCGCACACAUGUGUCACUAACCUGCCAAAGCCAAGGCAGAAACAGCCAGGAGUUGGACCAGCAUCUGUUAUGGUUGGUAACCUGGUUGCCGGAAAGAGGAUUGCUCAGGCAUCAGGCAGAGAUUUGGGACAGAUAGAAGAAAACGAUCUAGUGAAAAAGCACCAAUUCCUUUCGGAGAUAUUACAAUGGCGAGCUCAAACAACUCCUGAUCACGUGCUGUUUAUUCUUCUAAAUGCCAAGGGCACAGCCGUUUGCAAUGCCUCUUGUUUGCAACUGCACAAAAGAGCCGAGAGGAUAGCAGGUGCUUUGUAUGAUAAAGGCCAUCUCAAUGCUGGAGAUAACGUGGUGCUUCUUUAUCCUCCUGGAAUUGAGCUGAUUGCAGCAUUCUAUGGCUGUCUGUAUGCUGGCUGCAUUCCAGUAACGGUCCGACCUCCUCAUGCACAAAACCUCUCCGCCACUUUACCCACAGUGCGAAUGAUUGUAGAUGUUAGUAAAGCUUCCUGCAUCCUCACAACGCAAACUUUACUGAGAUUGCUGAAGUCCAAAGAAGCAGCUGCAGCUGUGGAUGUGAAAACGUGGCCAACAAUCAUUGACACCGAUGAUUUACCUAGGAAGCGGUCACCACAAGUGUAUAAACCACCUACGCCAGAAAUGCUGGCAUACCUCGAUUUUAGUGUUAGCACAACUGGCAUGCUCACUGGUGUUAAGAUGUCCCAUGGGUCAGUCACCGGACUCUGCCGGUCUAUAAAACUCCAGUGUGAGCUGUACUCGACUCGUCAGAUUGCCAUUUGUCUGGAUCCUUACUGUGGACUUGGCUUUGUACUUUGGUGCCUUUGCGGUGUUUACUCCGGUCACCAGUCAAUAUUAAUUCCUCCUAUGGAGCUGGAAUCCAACUUAUUCCUGUGGCUUUCUGCAGUGAGUCAGUACAAAAUCAGGGACACAUUUUGUUCCUAUUCUGUAAUGGAGAUGUGCUCAAAGGGACUUGGAAACCAAAUCGAGGUGCUAAAGACAAAGGGCAUUAAUCUGUCCUCUGUACGGACAUGUGUGGUGGUGGCAGAAGAACGUCCAAGAGUUACGCUGACAUACUCAUUUUCCAAACUUUUCAAGGACAUCGGCCUGUCUCCACGAGCUGUCAGUACCACCUUUGGAUCAAGGGUCAAUACCGCUAUAUGUUUACAGGGAACCUCAGGGCCAGAUCCUACAACUGUAUAUGUGGAUCUCAAAUCCCUUCGACAUGACAGGGUACGCUUGGUGGAGAGGGGAUCGCCGCAGAGUUUACUUCUUUUGGAGUCUGGAAAGAUUUUACCUGGAGUCACAGUGAUUAUUGUUAAUCCAGAGACCAAAGGACCAUUGGGGGAUUCUCAUCUGGGCGAGAUCUGGGUGAACAGUCCUCACACGGCCAGUGGAUAUUACACAAUCUAUGACAGUGAAAGUCUGCAGGCUGACCAUUUUAACACCAAGCUUAGCUUUGGGGACACACAGACACUUUGGGCUAGAACUGGGUAUCUUGGUUUUGUCCGCAGAACGGAACUGACGGACGCAAGUGGAGAACGACAUGAUGCACUUUAUGUUGUUGGAGCACUGGACGAAACACUGGAGUUAAGGGGGUUACGUUACCACCCAAUAGACAUUGAGACUUCAGUGUCACGCACACACCGGAGCAUUGCUGAAUGUGCCGUUUUCACAUGGACCAACUUACUGGUGGUGGUGGUGGAGUUGUGCGGCUCUGAGCAAGAAGCUCUGGACUUGGUUCCUCUGGUAACCAAUGUGGUGCUGGAGGAACAUUACUUGAUUGUGGGUGUUGUGGUGGUAGUGGACCCUGGAGUUAUACCCAUCAAUUCUCGAGGAGAGAAGCAGCGGAUGCACCUGCGUGACAGUUUCUUGGCUGACCAGUUGGAUCCAAUCUAUGUUGCAUACAAUAUGUAAAGAUAAUCACAGACUGAAACGAGUUGAGAUAAAGCCAGAUAUAAUUUAUCAGAUUUCAUUGAAAAUACCAAUGCUUGAUAGUUUGAAACGUGUAUUACCUUUUUCUAUUGAAACAAUAUCUCUGCAUUAUUUUAUGAAAGGGAGCACUUUGCUAAGGUAGUAUUAAAAGCAAAUCACUGGACAUUUAGCAGCAUUGCCAUGGCAGAGCUAACAGUACGGGUGCAAUGUGCUAACAUUUGUCACUGGCGCUAACCCCUUGCGUGGAUCCCAAAUUCUUCGUUGUUCAAAAGAAUUUGACUUUGUUCAGAUUCACCGAAGCUGUAGAUCAUUUGGAAUUGCAUUGUGUCCGUUUACCCCUUGUGAAUGCCAGAGGGAACAUACAUUGCUUUGCACAUUCCUUUCACUCUAAACGUUAAUGUAACAUAAGAAUGCUUUUUCCUGAAGGUGCCAUGAUCGUCCUGCUUUUGUGUAGCAGGGUUUUUCAAGAUGGGAGAAGCUAUGACCGCUCUAAGGGAGAUUAUUUAGAAAGAUCAAGAAAAUAAGAAUUUGACAAAAAUGUAGAUUUGUUUUUUUUCCAUUUAGAUAUGUCUUAAAUGUAAAAUAUUCUCCUUAUAUUUUAAAUAUGUAAAUAUUAAUAUAACAGAUCAGCUUGUGGUAAAUAUGGAAUUGGUGUGGAAUUGAUAUAAGGCUGCCUUUGAGGGUUUUUAGCAUUUUACUAGAUUUCUCCCCCCCCCCCCCC